AUCCGGAGAAAAAGUGAUUUCUCCUGAUUUCAACGAGAUAAAAGGAGAAAGGAUUUAGCAAUUUAGCAAUCUCUCUCUCUCUCUCUCUCUCUCUCUCCUGCCUGCAACUGCUCCGCCAUGUCUGCACAAUCUGCUACGGCAAUCCAGAGAAGUCAGGUGGAUCUUCUCGACUUCAUAGAUUGGACUGGAGUCGAAUGCCUCAAUCAGAACACUGGCCAUUCCCUUUCCAACGCCCUCAAACAGGGUUACAGGGAAGAUGAGGGGUUGCAUCUCGAGAGUGACGCUGAUGAACAGUUGCUGAUUUAUAUUCCUUUCAUGCAAGUUGUUAAGUUGCAUUCGGUUGUUAUCAUUGGGCCUGAAGAGGAAGGUCCUAGGAUGGUGAAACUUUUUGCAAACAAGGAGCAUAUGGGUUUUAGUAACGUCAAUGAUUUCCCACCAAGUGAUUCAGCUGUUUUAUCCCUGGAUAAUCUCAAGGGAAAGCCAGUUGUUCUGAAGUAUGUCAAGUUUCAGAAUGUUCGUAGCCUGACCAUUUUCAUUGAAGACAAUCAAUGUGGUGCUGACAUCACUAAAAUUCAAAAGAUUAUUCUCUAUGGGACAACGGUGGAAACGACGGAUAUGAAGGGGUUGAAGAAGGUCGAGGAUCAUUAACUGGCCGCCACCCAAAUACUUAUAAGGAAAAAAAAAAAAGAAAAUGGAAAAUUAUUGUGUACACGCACAUCACCGAGAGCCCAUGCACACAGUUCCCAAACCUUCAAAAAGGCAGUUGGCGGGAAUCCCAACGUGCGCUCCGAAAUGACAUUUUCGGAAUCCCAUUUGAGAGGUAAUGCUUGCAGGAUAUUCAAUGUUGUGCAAGACCCAGGAAAGAA